GCCGUGGGGGGCACCCAGCGCUUACAAGGGACAUCGAGUGGUGGGGCCAGGCCAGGCCAGGCCAGGCCUCACGGCAAAGUCUGGGCUGGGGCUGGGAUCGGGGCCUGGGUUGCCCGCCCCGCCCCGCAGAUGGUGCCCCGAGGGAUGCCAAGCCCACGGCGCGUGCUUGCGGGAUGGGCCCCGUGCACGAUGUGGGGAAGAAGGAAGGUGAAGGGUCUGGGUUGCCCUGCCCCGCCGGUGUCCCAGGAGGACGUGCCUCGCCCAUGGCACAUGCCCGAAGUGGGGAAGAAGGAAGGUGAAGGGUCUGGGUUGCCCUGCCCCGCCGGUGUCCCAGGAGGACGUGCCUCGCCCAUGGCACAUGCCCGAAGUGGGGAAGAAGGAAGGUAUCGAGGAGCUGUGCACCAAGCGGGAUGAGCUGAGCCAUCAGAUCCAGCAGGAGGAGGGGGAGAAGAACAAGCUGCAAAACGACAUCCGGCUCCUGACGGAGAAACUGGCCCGCGUCAACGAGAGCCUGGCUCGCAAGAUGGCCACCCGCAACGAGUUUGAGAAAACCAUUGCUGAGACCGAGGCUGCCUACACAAAGGUGUUUGAGUUUUGGGAAUGGAAGUCUCCCAUUCUGGAAGGAUGUGAGGAGCACCGGGCUGGGCUGCAUACCAGCAGCUUUCACUCCAAUGUGAAUGAAGUUUUGGGUGUGUCCGUUACCAGCACUCUGCUGCUGUCAUAGAUACUCAAACAUUGUAAAAGACAAGACUUGAAAACCCUACUCAACAGGGAUCCUGGAGAGUUCCCAGACGCUGCUCAAUGUCCUGAAGAAGGAAGCUGGG